AUUGUGCAGGGUCGGAGGGGCAGCUCCUGUCAGGAGAACUGCCUCUAGAAGAUGUAGGGAGCUUACAGAGAUCCCUGGGACACUCUUCUUUCUUUCUUUGUUUACAGAGGCUCCUCAGACAAGCUUCUUUGCUUUUUUUUUAAUCACCACCACAAAACAGCAUUUGGGCUCAUGCUCUUGGGGUGUUGCCCUUGGCAUGAAGGCUACUCUCUUUCUAGACAAUGCCUUUGACUUUUACAGAGAAGCAGAACAAUGUGGAGCCUGGGAACCAUCUCGGGGUCCUGACAGUUUUGAGGGCAGCUGUCUUUCCACCUCACCAUGGAAACACAGAGGAGAACACGGAAAAUGAACAAGGCUGGGAAUCUCUGUGCAACAGAUCUCUCCGGGGCCCUGUGCUGCCAGAUGAUUGGCGGAGGCGCUUGCAUGGUUUGGACUUAUCCAGGCGAGUUCUGGGGAUGAAGGUAUUCUCCCGACUUCUGAUGGAGCUUACAGUUCUCCUUACCCUGGCAGCCUGGUGCCGUGUGGAGACAGUCCUCCUGGUGACUUAGUUCUUCCAUCCUGCUUCUGGUUCUCCAGUGAGUAUGGCUUCCAUUUUACCUGCUUCUAAUAGAUCCAUGAGACCGGACAAGAAUACAUAUGAGGGAAAAAGGUCUGUGUAUGUUAAAAAUCCUUACCUGGAUGCUAUGGAUGAAGACAUUCUCUACCACUUGGAUUUAGGAACCAAAACGCACAACCUUCCAGCAAUGUUUGGGGAUGUAAAGUUUGUCUGUGUCGGUGGAAGCCCCAACAGAAUGAAAGCCUUUGCACAGUUCAUGCACAAGGAACUCCAGUUGGAGGGAGAUGGAGAAGACAUUGAAGACAUCUGUGCUGGGACAGACAGAUAUUGCAUGUUCAAAACAGGCCCUGUGCUCUCCAUCAGCCAUGGGAUGGGCAUCCCUUCCAUUUCAAUUAUGCUCCACGAACUCAUCAAAUUACUCCACCAUGCACGCUGCUGUGACGUUACCAUCAUCAGAAUCGGAACGUCAGGGGGAAUUGGAAUUGCCCCAGGGUCUGUUGUAAUAACAGAUACAGCUGUAGACUCCUUCUUCAAGCCUCGGUUUGAGCAGAUCAUUUUGGACAACGUAGUCACCCGAAGCACUGAACUUGACAAGGAACUGGCUACUGAUUUGCUCAACUGCAGCAGAGAAACCCCUGGCUUCCCAACGCUCAUUGGACACACGAUGUGUACCUAUGAUUUUUAUGAAGGUCAGGGCCGCCUAGAUGGAGCCUUAUGUUCCUUUUCGAGAGAAAAAAAGCUAGACUACUUGAAGAGAGCAUACAAAGCUGGAGUCAGGAACAUCGAGAUGGAGUCCACGGUGUUCGCUGCCAUGUGUGGACUGUGUGGCCUGAGAGCUGCCGUUGUCUGUGUGACACUUCUUGACAGACUUGAGAGUGACCAAAUCAAUUUGUCACAUGAUGUCCUGGUGGAGUACCAGCAACGACCACAGCUCCUAAUCUCCAAUUUCAUCAAAAAGCAGCUUGGACUUUGUGGCCAGAUGUCAUAACUCAGAAUCCUACCUGUCUCCUGUGGGUUUGUAGGUAGAGUUGAAAUGCUGAGAAGCCAUGUAAUGUCUAUAACAUUCUUAUGUAAUUUUCACCCUUGGGCUAAAAUCAUAAAAGAUUUUAUGAAAUCCUUUAUCUUAAAGUUGAACUUAUUGUAGGAGAAUCUAAUACCCAUGUGAAAUUAAGUUCAAAUUCCACUUUAGAACCGGUUAACCAAAGCUGUCUAAGAAUUAAUAUUUUAAACUCAUGAAUUGUGACAUUUGAAGUGUCAUAUGUAGCAUUAAUUAAGCAUACAUCAAAAUAGAGGAGCCAUUUGUAGAUGGUUACCAGUUGCUUGCUGAAGCAGAUCUAGAAGUGUGUGUUAAGACGUUGUCAGCACUUCUAGGUGUUGGAUAAGUGACAAAAACCGAUCAGGCACAUUCAAAAUAUUUACAAAAAUGUGUCAUUGUAAUAUUGGUCUGUAUGGAAAAAUUAUCCUCAGGGAAAUAUGGCCAUGCUUUUUUUCUAUCCCUACACACUAUCAGUGCACACAGAAUGAAAUUAGACAUUUUCAAAUGUAUCCAUUUGUGAUUUUCACAGAAUGUAAUGGUUUGAGAUCACACUUUUUUUUCAAAUGAAACCCUUGGUAAUGCAAAGACUUUUUCUCUUAAGAAAUAAGAAGUGACUAAAUUGCCUUCUAGCAAUUUUUUCCCUAUAAGGAAAUAUGUCAUGAGAAAGCUAUAUUUAUUGUUGUUGUUGCUUCAAUAAGAACUGGAUAACUGAAGAACUAGUUGACCAAAUUUAAACUUGAAAUCAAGAUGGCGAACAAAUCCCUCUGUGUAACUUUGAGGAAGGUUUUGUUCCAAGUCUACACAUACGCCACUCCUGGUUGACCCUGAGAGACAGCAUGCAACAAAGACUCCAUGAAUUGAUCCCACCUCAAGGUUCCUCUGAACAUUUAGGAACUGGAGAAGCCGGAUGGGCUAACAGUGGAGGAUGCCUUGAAAAUGUGUAUAGUAUGUAACGUUGUGUGUAUAUAUUUAUAUGGUUGUGGAACAAAUAAAAUUUAACUCCUGUAA